UCCAUCUAAUCUCCAAGAUAAAGAAAAUAAGCGAACCUCCUCCCUCCACUUUUCCAGAUCUCAACAACAUUAAUCAAAGUCACCUUCUUGCUUCUGCCUUGCCUUCAUUAUUACGAACAAAAGAUGAAGCUCCCUAUCUUCCUCCUCCUCCUCCUCCUCUCCCUCAUCACUCAAACUUCCCUCUCCAAAGUCACCAUCUCCGUGACUCCAACAACCCUCCAGAAAUCCGGUGACACAGUGACCAUUUCCUGGUCCAACGUUGAUUCACCUUCCAAACUCGACUGGCUCGGGCUCUAUUCACCUCCUGACUCACCUCACGACCACUUCAUUGGCUACAAGUUCCUUUCUUCCUCUCCUUCAUGGCAAUCCGGGUCGGGUUCCAUUUCCUUGCCCAUCACCAACCUCCGCUCCAAUUACUCUUUCCGGAUCUUCCACUGGACCGAAUCCGAAAUCAACCCCAAACGCCAUGACCAUGAUCACAACCCCCUCCCUGGGACGGCCCAUUUUCUGGCGGAGUCGGAUGUUGUCGGGUUCGAGUCGGGUCAUGGGCCAGAGCAGAUCCAUUUGGCAUAUACGGAUGUUGAGGACGAGAUGAGGGUGAUGUUUGUGGUGGGUGAUGGAGAGGAGAGGAGUGUGAAGUGGGGAGAGAGGGACGGGGAGUGGAGUCACGUGAGUGUGGCACGUGUGGUGAGGUACGAAAGGGAGGAUAUGUGUGAUGCUCCGGCAAAUGGGAGUAUUGGGUGGAGAGAUCCGGGUUGGAUCCAUGAUGGGGUAAUGAAGGAUUUGAAGAAAGGUGUUAGGUAUUAUUAUCAGCAUGUUAGAAUUUCUUUUUCUAUUUUCAAAAAAUCACAUACAUCCAUGCCUUUAGGGAUGAAAGCUAGAUGGAAAAAGGCAAAGUUUUCUGCUGCAUGUGCCAGCAAGUGGAUCCUCCGAGACAUAGAAGCUAUUGGUGACAAGCAUGCUUUUGUUUCUCAUAUAGGAGAUAUCAGCUAUGCAAGAGGGUACUCAUGGUUGUGGGACCAUUUUUUUACCCAAGUAGAACCUGUUGCUUCCAAAGUGCCGUACCAUGUGUGCAUUGGCAAUCAUGAGUACGAUUGGCCCUUACAGCCCUGGAAACCAGAUUGGGCCAAUGCAGUUUACGGAACUGAUGGUGGUGGUGAAUGUGGGGUUCCUUACAGCCUAAAAUUUAACAUGCCAGGGAACUCUUCAGACUCAACUGGGACCCGUGCUCCUGCAACCCGAAACCUUUACUACUCUUUUGACACAGGGGCUGUACAUUUUGUGUACAUAUCAACUGAGACCAAUUUUGUUGCUGGGAGCAGCCAAUAUAACUUUAUAAAGCAAGAUCUGGAAUCAGUUGACCGGAGCAAGACUCCUUUUGUGGUAGUCCAAGGGCACAGACCAAUGUAUACUACUAGCAAUGAAAACGGGGAUGCCCCAAUGAGGAACAAAAUGCUUGAGCACUUGGAACCUUUGUUUACGAAAUACAAUGUUACCCUUGCACUGUGGGGUCAUGUGCAUAGAUACGAAAGGUUUUGUCCAGUGAAUAACUUCAUCUGCGGAAGCACUUGGAAGGGAUUUCCAGUCCAUGCUGUGAUUGGCAUGGCAGGACAAGACUGGCAGCCCAUCUGGGAGCCAAGAUCAGACCACCCAAAUGAUCCAAUUUUUCCACAGCCAGCCAGGUCUAUGUUCCGUGGGGGGGAGUUCGGGUACACCAAAUUGGUUGCCACAAAGGAGAAGCUAACACUUACUUAUGUAGGUAACCAUGAUGGAAAGAUGCACGAUAUGGUUGAGUUUUUGGCAUCUGGAGAAGUUCUCAGUGGUGAUGAUAGCAUUAGUGUGGAUGCUGGAGCCAGGAUUGGGGUGGUUGAUUCUACGUUCUCAUGGUAUGUCAAGGGGGCAAGUGUUCUUGUCCUUGGGGCUUUUGUGGGCUAUAUUCUUGGCUACGCAUCCCAUUCCAGGAAGCAAAAUGGUAACAAGGCCAGCUGGACUCCUGUGAAAAGUGAGGAUAUAUGAAAGAUUACGAGGAAAUUAUGAUGCUGGGCUAUACAUGCAGGACAUGGUUCCUCGUAUUUUUGGAGCUUGUGUGCAAUGGGUCGUUAAAGUUUCUGGUGCGCUAAAAUGAAGCCCUCUCUAAUUGUUUUCUGAGAAGAUGAAGCCCUCCUACUACUUUGUCUAACAAGGUUUGCUAAAAAACUACCUCAUCGUACUUGUAUACUGUAAAUACUAAAUACUAAAUCUUUGUUCUGUAUUUUGCGAGAAUAAAAGCAUUAAAAAGGAUUGUAUGAUAGCAUACGCUUUUGUAGCAACAUGUUUUGAUGGAGCAAAAACUAAUCUGUUUGUAAA